UGGGGUUUUUCGUGGGCCAGGGGUUAAGUGUGGGGAUUAAUGAUAGAGUUAAUAGACCUCCCGGCACCAGGACAUGAACUCAUACUUAUUUUAUCAAAUUAUUCUUUGAUCAGGUUGCCGAGCAACCUGCUGUGCGCAUGGGUUAGACCACUCGGCCACCCCAUCCCCUGCACAGAUAUGGACUGAAACCGUGGCCUGGCUGUACAGGGAGAUUAGGUUAAACAAUCUUGGAAAAGAUUUCUCUGGACUAAUGGGAAAGAAUAACUAUCUCCCCACUGAUGAAGUGGAAGAUAAUGGUGGGCCGGAUGUGCUUCAUGCUGGGGAGAGGAGGCCCCGCAUGAAAAGCGGAGGCCCCGCUAAAGGAAGCGGAAGAGGCAGAUCGGGAAGAAUUGACACCGCAAUGACCAACAGAUAUGAAAGAGCUGGAGGAGUAAUAGACAUGGAGAGUUGGAAGGAGGAAAGAAGACCAGGAUGA